AUGUUCUCACGAAGACUCGUAACGGCGGCGCGCCUUGUGCCCGUCAGCCAAGCAACCAGACAGCCGUUGCGCCGUUUCCCGCUACACAGGCAUUUCCAGCAUGUCCGCACAUAUGCCGAUCAGGUCGUCAAGGUGCCUCAGAUGGCCGAGUCCAUUUCUGAGGGAACCUUGAAGCAGUUCACAAAGCAGGUUGGCGACUUUGUCGAACAGGAUGAGGAGCUUGCAACCAUUGAGACCGACAAGAUCGACGUUGCUGUCAAUGCCCCAGCGGCUGGCACCAUCAAAGAGCUUCUUGCGAGUGAGGAGGACACCGUCGUUGUUGGGCAGGACCUCAUCAGGUUAGAACUUGGCGAUGCGCCGGCAGAGGGAGCUGAGAAGAAGUCCGAGAAGCCUCAGGAGAAGGCUCAGGAGACCCAGGCCGAGAAGAAGCCCGAGCCCAAGGAGGAGUCAAAACCCGAGCCCACCAAGAAGGAGGAGCCUGCACCCCCUAAGAAGCAGGAAUCUGCUCCGCAGCCCGAGAAGAAGGAGACCAACCAGACUGCCAAGGAGUCAUCACCUGCUACACUGGGCAACCGUGAGGAGCGCAGGGUCAAGAUGAACCGCAUGCGCCUCCGUACAGCCGAACGCCUCAAGCAGUCGCAGAACACUGCUGCUUCGUUGACUACUUUCAACGAGGUCGACAUGUCCUCGCUGAUGGAGUUCAGGAAACUGUACAAGGACGAUGUCAUGAAGAAGACGGGUGUCAAGCUCGGAUUCAUGAGCGCUUUCUCUCGUGCUGCCGUCCUCGCCAUGCGUGACAUCCCUGCCGUCAACGCCUCAAUUGAGGGCCCUAACGGUGGUGACACCAUUGUUUACCGCGACUACGUCGACAUCAGCCUUGCCGUUGCCACUGAGAAGGGUCUCGUUGUCCCCGUUGUGCGCAACACCGAGUCAAUGGACAUGAUCACCAUUGAGAAGUCGAUUGCUGAGAUGGGUGCAAAGGCCCGUGCUGGCAAGCUCACCAUUGAGGAUAUGGCCGGUGGUACUUUCACCAUCAGCAACGGCGGUGUCUUUGGCUCUCUCAUGGGCACUCCUAUUAUCAACCUUCCCCAGACGGCUGUGCUUGGUCUGCAUGCCAUCAAGGACCGGCCCGUGGCUGUCAACGGCAAGGUUGAGAUUCGCCCAAUGAUGUACCUCGCCUUGACCUACGACCACCGUCUGCUUGAUGGCAGGGAAGCCGUGUCGUUUUUGGUCAAGAUCAAGGAGUACAUUGAGGAUCCCCGCCGCAUGCUCCUGUAA